AAGAAGAAGAAGAAAACAGGAAAUUCAGCUGAAAACGAAAAGUCAGAGGAGUUUCCUCGCGUGAAAGAUGGCCUGCUAUGAUGCCAACAAGGGGAGUCUGGAGGAGGACAGCUGCGAGGGAGCUGUUGGUGGAGAGAUGUCUAGUUGUGCCUUGGCGAUGCUGGAAAGAGAGCGAGAAUCCCUUUUCAGCCCAACAGAGACGUCUGGCACCCUCAUCCUCAGCCACUCCGCCAGCCUGCAGGCUGAUAUGCCCAUCCAGGGCUACGACGUGGAGUUUGACCCGCCCCUGGAGAGUAAAUACGAGUGUCCUAUCUGCCUCAUGGCUCUCAGGAAUGCUGUUCAAACACCCUGCGGUCACCGCUUCUGCAAGAACUGCAUUGAGAAAUCCAUACGUGACACGGGACAGAGAUGCCCUGUGGACAACGAAACGCUGACAGAAGAUCAGCUGUUUCCGGAUAACUUUGCCAAACGAGAGAUUCUAUCGCUGACCGUUCGCUGUCCAAACUCCGGUUGUGUUGAUGAAAUGGAGCUUCGACAUUUGGAGAAUCAUUUGGCGCAGUGUCAGUUUGCGACAGCGACUUGUCCACAGUGCCAGCAGUCGGUGAGAAAGAGCCACUUAGAGGAGCACACCAUUGUGGAGUGCCAGAGGAGGCCUGUGUCCUGCCCUGAUUGUGUGGAGUGCUUCGUCUAUGAGGAGAGCGAGCUUCACGAGCUGCAGUGUCCCUUUGCGAACGUGAACUGUCAGUACUGUGACAUGGAUCUCAUCAGAGACCAGAUUGAAUCUCAUUGUGACACAGAUUGCCCAAAGGCCCCCAUCGCCUGUAACUUCAGCACCUUUGGAUGCAAGGAAAGGAUGCAGCGUCACAACCUGGCUCAGCACAUGCAGGAGUUCACGCAGAUGCACAUGUGGUACAUGGCUGAGUUCCUGCGUGGCCUUAGCCUCAACGGCAACACGCCCAAAUCCCUGUGGGCGAGUGGACCUUCUGUCCCUUCCGAGGAUCAAGGAGCUGCGGCAUCGCUAUCUUCCUCUGGGGGGCUCAGAGGAGCUGCAGGCGGCGGCGGCAGCGGCAUCGGCAGCUGUGCUUCGGCAAAUCAGCCUAAUGAAGAGAUGCAGCGGCUCCGAGAGAUGGACGGACGAUUGGUGAAGCAGGAUCAGCGGCUAGUGGAGCUCUCCAUCUUAAAGGAAACACACGCAGGUCAGCUUGCAGAGCUCCGGAGCAGGGUGUCCAUGCUGGAGGACACGGUGAAGGAGCUGGAGGCCCAGCAGUGCCGCGGCAUCUUCAUCUGGCGCCUCAAAGGUUUCUCUGCCCACAAGCGGAACCAAGAGGCCGGCCUCGCGGUGGUGGAGCACAGCCCCGGCUUCUACACGGGCUACCCAGGCUACAAGCUGUGCCUGCGGUUGCACCUGCAGACGCCCAACGCCGUGCGCUGCUCCAACUACAUCUCGCUCUUUGUCCACACCAUGCAGGGGGCUUUCGACGGGGAGCUGACCUGGCCGUUCCAAGGCAACAUCCGGCUCUCCAUCCUCGACCAGGGCCCUGAGGGUCAGCACCACGUGGAGGUGAUGGAAACCAAACCAGACCUGCAGGCCUUUCAGAAGCCCACCAUCCAGCGCAAUCCCAAAGGAUUUGGCUACGUUACCUUCAUGCACCUGCUUCAGCUGAACCAGAGAGCGUACGUCAAAGAUGACACCUUACUCAUCCGCUGCGAUGUGACGUCACGCUUUGACAAUAUGGCGAAUCGUGAGGGACCGGCGGUGCAGCCUCGAGGGCCCGAGGCAUCGGUUUCAAGGGACUAAAGUCAAACCCACAUCUAUGGGAUUGUCAUUAUGCUGACAUAAAUAUAUAUUAUAUAAAUAGAUGAAUACAAUACAUUCAUUUAUAGUUCACUUUUCGAUACGUGUUCUCACCCACACGUGGUACCAAUUGUUUAAAUAGCUCAUGUUUAAUCAGCUCCAGAUCUCCAGUUAAAGACGUGUUCGUGCUGCUGCAGAAUGAGCAUUACUACAGACAUGGCUCUCUGCUUGUGGUUGUUGGAAGUGGUACAAAUUGUUUUCAAGAUAAAGAGUUUAAGACCUCUGGUGUUUCUCUGGAGCAGUGUUUGGUCAAAUAGAUCACAUUCGUUUUAACCUUAUCCUCUUCUAACCUCAUCCACAUGUAUGUACAGAGAGUGCUGGUGAAAACGUGCUCACAAUCUGAAAGCAAAAGCAAGUCUGGACAUGACCUCUUAAAAGAAGAAAGGCUAUGUGUUUCAGCUGUAUGGUUUCAUUUUCAUUUGUAUGUUGGAUAUGUGGUUGCGGUAUCAUUGUAAGUAUCUUAGAAAUUUUCCAAGAGAGACUGAAGAGAAAGUGUAAAAGUUGGUGUAUUUAUCGAUGUUUAAAGACAAUGCGAGUUUCAGAAUAUUCACCACUCUGCUUUGGGAGGAAGGAAAUUCACCUUAAAGAUACACCAGUGUAUUUUGAUCUUGUCUUUACAGUACAGCUCCACAGGGUUCUUUAAAAGAAGGUCAUUGUAAGGAUUAGGAAAAUCCGUUUUCUAAUUCAUGUGCUCUCCAAAAGCCAACUCUCAUUCAUCGAUUCCUUCUUCCCUCUUCUGACCUUAUUGUGUCUCUUUGACGCACAAGUUUUGUCAACACGGAGCAUUUUUCUGUUUCGUCAACACUGUAUAUUUUUGCGGAAAGCAUGACAGCGGAGCAGAAGCUGCUCAUUGUACUUUUUAUUUGUGCCUUUCACUCGUAGCUCCUGCCAAAUGUGACUUAUACAAAUAUUUCGAGAGCAGAUGUACAUCACAUACUCUGAUAUAUUAUGCUGCCUGUUAAGCUUUUAAAGAUGUGGAUAAAAGAUUUUACGCUGGCUUUAUCAUUGCAUUGGUUUCAGUGUACAAGCAAUGGUUUUACUUAAUAUCAAUAAUUGACAACGUUUACAUGAGUUGCUAAUAGAAUAUACCUUUCAUAAUUACAUUACAGAGUCUGAUGUACUUGUCAGUGUCGUAAAUGAUGUAAAAACUCCCCUAGGAUGUAGUAAUGUGAUUAAGGGGUAAACAUGGUGAAACUAAGGUCGGAAGACUUUACAUGCCUUAAUUUGAUUAUUCCUUAUUCAGAGUUUGACCUUAAUUCAGGUUAAGGUCAUCAGAAAUUGCUGUUUACAUGCCAGUGUCUUAUUCAGAGUAUUGUCUUAAUGGUUUGGUUAAUAAUGGAUUAUUGGUGUCCAUGUAAACAUUGUCAUUGUUACAAUAUAAUAGGAAAAACUGCCUUUUAGCUGAGUUUUAUUCCUGUAUGUGCUUGUCACGUUCCUGAGGAACCACAGUGACUCAUGUGAUGACUUGCUCCACCUUGUGUUUCACAGAACAGUCAGAGCCGUGUUGUUAGAAUGUGUGUCAACAACAGGAAGCUGCAGACGCAUCAAUGUGUCCUGACAUGAGACAACAAUGAAACACCAGGCAGGCAUCUUCCUUUUAUACAUUUAAAUUAAAGUCCAAACAACAUCUCCAUCAUCUUACAGAACGAUGUACCAUAAUAUUAAUAAUAAAUAAAGAGAUUGACUGUUAUAU